CAAACAUUCAUGUCUCAUUUCAAAAGUCAAAAGCUGUUUUGUUUAUAAGAAACAAAGAGUAGUAUAAUAAUACAUAAAAACAGUCCAACAUACAAAUUUUAUGCUGUAAAAUUCCUUCUAAAUUUUAUUUCUCUAAAUAAUGGCCGAUUCCGACUUAACAGAUUUACGAAAACAGUGCCUGAAUGCCUUAUAUUUGUGUUCAGACAAUGUUUCGAAGUAUUUGGAUGAUGAAAGAAAUGAUGAGUAUGAAAAGUUAAAGUCGAUUGUAAAAGAAUAUUGCCUAAUGGAAUCUCAACAAGAUGUAGCAAUACAAGCUCUGGAAAAAACAAAGAACGAAAUAGAUGCAUCAAAUGUAGAAACAUUAGAAAAUAAAUUUAAAUCGAAUCUAAGUAGUAUGGCUGGAAAACGGCUGGAUAUCAACAGGCAUCCAUACAUGGCGGAACUAAAUAAACAUAUAGAAAAAGGAUUACAAAAUGCUAGAAAUAAUUUAGAUGAUUCGGACUUAGCAAUUACAGAAACACAAGAUAGACUUAUUGAUCCAAUAACAAAGAAGGCAAUAGUAAACCCAGUGAAGAAUGCAAAGUGUGGGCACAUUUAUGAAGAGGAAGUCAUUAUGAAAAUUAUACAAAAGAAGAAAAUAAAAUGUCCAGUGGCUGGGUGUGGAAACCGAGAGCAUUUGAGUAGGCAACACUUAAUAAGCGAUGAAGAACUGAAGUUCCGUUUGGCACUUACACAACACUCUACUAUGAUACAGGAAAGAUCUGUGAUGGAUCUUGAUGAUACUACAUAGUGAUAGUAAAUGAUGUGCUAGUUA